GUUUCAACAGAUUCUCAGCUUCUCUGAAAAAAAAGCUUCUGAUCAUCAGUCUUCUUGUUUCUAUUGAAUAUUUUUGGUUUCGAAUUUUAGAGUUUCUCAAAGAGAGAAAAUGGCGUCUCAUCAAGAACAGAGUUACAAAGCUGGUGAAACUCGAGGCAAGACACAGGAGAAGACAGGGGAAGCUAUGCGAACGAUGAGGGAGAAGACAGAGGCAGCUAAGGAAAAAACUCAGGGAGCAGCUCUGACAGCCCAAGACAAGGCCCAUGAAACAGCUCAAUCAGCUAAAGACAAGACAUCGCAAGCUGGACAAACAACUCAACAGAAAGCUCAAGAGUCCAAGGAUAAAACGGGAAGCUACAUGUCAGAGACCGGAGAAGCAGCCAAGAACAAGGCACAAGAUGCGGCAGAGUAUACCAAAGAAACCGCAGAAGCUGGAAAGGAUAAGACCAGUGGGUUCUUGGGCCAAACCGGUGAGCAAGUGAAGCAAAUGGCUAUGGGAGCUACUGAUACGGUUAAGCACACUUUAGGGUUUGGUACUGAUGAAGGAAACAAAGAACAUGUUUCUUCAGAUCCAAGUACUACUACUACGACUACUACUCAUGCGACACAGAGGAAGUGAGAUAAAGAUUUGUUUUUCAGUUCUUGAUUUCAUGUUUGUUUGUUUGUUUGUUUUGAUAGUUUCUGUUGUGUUUGUGUGCUUAUGUUGAUCAUUGUUGUUUAUUGGGUUUGAAUACUUUUUAUGUAUUGGUAUGGUUGUAUUUGAGCUUGUUUUGCUGAAUAAAAAUUAUAUUUGAUAUAGUUCUGCA